AUGGACGACCAUAUAGAUCUCACCUUCGACCGGCAUGUAUUCCCUGUCGGAAGCGCAAAUCCCGCUGCCAGUCCGAGGAAUCAAGCGAAGCUUGUCUUAUGUGCCGGGCCCAUCGCACUGAGUUCAUCGACCCCUAAAUCAAGGCAACGGGCAAAACGAGAUUCUCGCGCCUCGCUUGCUAGAGCUCCACACGACAGUGGCACUGUCCCGGGACGACCUGUGUCGGUGCUCAAUGACUCUGCCAUUGAGCAGUCCACAAUAAGUAUAGCACCAGACCCAAUGCCAACAUCAACUCGUGGAUCUAUCCGUGAUACAACUACAAGAAACACAGCACCGGUUAUCUCACCAUUGGCGUCGAGAAGCACAGAGUGGCCCCAACAAGAUGCUCAACCCGAGGAGUCGCCACUGGCACUGGGAUCCAACGACGAACAACAGCAUAAUCUUCAUAUAGUUGGACCAACAGUGACAUCCGACAAUCAGGUAUUAUCCGACUACCUGUCUGCGAUGCCUAGUUCAACAAGAGGGUCACGAAUCGUGAGACCAGUUCCGGGAAACAUAUCUCGACCUGUCCUAUUCACCAUGGUCCAGAAGCGACCGGUAGGGUUGGACUCAAAUCGCACUUUUCCGGAGGAGAGACUUCAAUUGAUUGAAAAGAUACUAGAGCCUUUUGCCAGUGAUGUUCUAGACGUAUCUCCUGGCUUAUCUGUGAUUGAGGCUGCCAUCUUGAACAUUGGUGGGCGUGAAGUGACUUCCCUCAUUGGUAACGGCGUUUUGUUCGCCUCCUCAAUCGCAAUGGCGCAUUCGCUGGGCCUGAAUCAUAGCCCGACACCAUGGGAAAUUCCACAAUCCGAGAAGAACCUGCGGAUGAGAAUUUGGUGGGCACUUUUGAUUCAUGAUAAGUGGUUAAGCUUGGCACAUGGAACACCUCCGAUCAUCUCCACAAGUCUGAACGACGUGCCUAAGCCGCUCGCGGAGAACCUCUGCGAAGAAGGUGCAUCUUCAGACAGAAUGCUCAAGGCCACCGUAUAUAUCGCUCUCGUGGGGCUGACGGAUGUUUUGGACUUGCAUUUGAGGCAUGUUCAUCGGCUCAGAAACGCGGACGAACCUAGAGCCACGACGCACCUGGAGCUGGCACUGAAUAGUUGGGUUGAAGAUCUAGGUGAUGACAUCCGUCGGGUCGUCAUUCGUGGCACGAAUCUGGCAAUUCCCGGCGCAGCAAACCUACGCUUGUCGUAUUUGACCGUCAGGUUAUUAUCCCAGAGAAUUGAGCUCGAAGCAGAGAAGCGCAUCCGUGAGGCUAGCGAUAGCCGUCUUCUAAAUCGCUACAUGCAAGCUCGAAGAACCGCAGAAGAUAUCCUCAUUCUAGUGCAGGAGUUGCAAGCAGAAAAUCUAGCCGACUUUUGGCUUCCAAGCAGCGCCUUUGCCCUCUCCACGACGGUCAGCUUCCUUCUCCGGUGCGCUCUAGAGACGGAAAACUCUACUUCUGGGCUUGUUCAAAGCUCUUCAUUAAAAAUUGCUUCCGACCUCUUAUCUACUCUCCGGUCGCAUAAGGAGAAACAUGCUUGGGAUCUUGGCGAUAUCUGUUUGGCUCAACAUACCGAAGUGGUGGAAAAGCUUCUGGCAAUUACUCCACCCGAAGAUCCAAGUGCAGAGGAGCCGCAGGACUUUUCGAGUUUCUUUAUGCCUGAUGAUUCUUUUCUUGAUCAAUUGUUUCCGAGUUUGUGGGAUCCGUUGCAGAAUGUCUGGUAG